CGUUUGAUGUCAUUGUCAUCUCUUAUAAAACUAUGCUAGGGUUAAGUUUUAAAUGCCAUGCACAUUAACUGCUUGAUAAAACUGUGUGUCAUAUUAAUAUCGUAGAAGUUAUUCUGCCUCGCAGCUCGCUGGCGAGUCAGCUAACCCUGGUGUCGACGCGCUGCUGUUCGCUAACCUUAGCGCUCAGUUAGCAACUAAAGCGUUGCGCAUUCAAAAAUGACAUUUCGCAUCCUUGAAAGGUGCACAAAAGUGAUUGUUCUGUUUGGGUGGCAACGCAGUUAAUCAUUGCCUGGCAUUAACAUCUCGAUUGUCCAAUUCUUUAAUAAUGCUGACAAGAUUCUUUGUCUUUCUUUCUAUGCCCUGCGUUUACAUGCAGGAGACCUCCGCUUAGUUUCUCGUGUCCCGCCUCUGUAGUGCAGUGAUUGGAUGCUGGGUGUGUCAGUCAUUUACACCAGGCCGGUGAUUGGUGGCUAACCGGGAUGACAACGCCAGUUUUGUUGCAUUAGUCCCCUGCCUUCAAUAUGGCCUUCCGUAGCUACUGUUGUAACUUGGCUAGUAUUAGCUCACAUGAAGACUACGUUGUUAUUAGGAUGUUUCUUGGCUAUUCCUUACAGUGAAUGAAUCGCGCAUUUAUCUUCAUGUUAAAUUAGGUGAAUUUACGGCGCUAGUCUUCGGGCUAAACGUUAGCAACAUUAGCAAGAUUACUUUAGCCUUCAUCAGUCUACGUGGUGGAGUCUUUCGAUAGAAAAUGGAUGGCGUAGACUUAACUGUCUUCCUCGGUUAGAGAUUAGUCACUAUAAGGCUAAGCACUUUUCACGGUGAUGGACCCUCCUGGUGGGGGAGACGAACGGCGGAGGCAGGCAGAGCGUCUUCGACGGGAGGAGGCAUACUAUCACUUCAUCAAUGAAUUGAGUGAAGAGGAGUACCGCCUAAUGAGAGACAGCAACCUGCUGGGCACCCCUGGGGAGGUAACUGCUGAGGAGCUGCGGCAGCGUCUUGAUGGAGCAAAAGAGCGUGUUUCAUCUCAGCCCCGUACCGAGCAGCGCUCGCAGACUACUGAUUCUGGAGAACAGCAGAGCAGUAGCGGUGAGGGAGAGGAGACAGGGGCUGGAGGGAGACGAGGGGCAGGGGGCACAGAGCCUGGAGCAGAAACCUCUAAUGGUGACUCAUUACUGGAGUGGCUGAACACUUUCAGACGUACCGGUAAUGCUACUCGCAGUGGGCAGAGUGGCAACCAGACAUGGCGUGCUGUCAGUCGGACCAACCCUAACAGUGGAGAAUUCCGCUUUAGCUUGGAGAUCAACAUCAACCACGAUCAGCCAGAGCCGGGGGAGCAUAAUGACACCGUGGACACUGCAGAGCUUCCAGUGAUUGCCCCAAAUACAACUUCACCCUCUAUACGUGCUACCUCCUCCUUCUCCAACCCUCGCCCUUCAGCCAUGUCAAGGCCAGCUCCGUACCCCUCUCCCCGCCCAGCCCUCAGUAGGAGGAUGCAGACACGGCGUACACGCAGCAGCAAUACCACUCUUUCGAUGAGCCCCCCAGCACUUCCUGCACCAGUGGCCCCCCCAGUUGCUGUUCAGAGGAGAGGUGCCACUUUGCACUCUUUAGCACCACCUCCCACUGUUCCCAACCCUCCCCUUGAUCAAACUAUGCCUUCCCAACAUCAAGCCCUCAGUGCAGAAGUAGAGCAGGGGCGUGAUGAUAUGUCUGCUCCUAUAGACUGUCCCUGUGUAUCACCCCAGUCUGGGACUCAGGCCCCAGCAGGGGGACAUGAAUCACGUGGCAGUAGGACUCGAUCGCGUGGUCGUGCACGCAGGGCUGUAGCAGGGGGUGGGGUUUCAUCCCGCUUAUCUAGGCGAAGCCGUUCCCCCUUGCACCGAAUACCUGUUGUCAGCACCACUCCACCAUCCAGCAGUGGUGUCAGUGGCUCUAGCAUCCACACUGUUGAGCCAGGCAGUGGCACAAGCUCUGUUUCCAUGGAGACAGGGGAGGCUGGUGCAGAACCUGCAGCUCUUACGGAGCCAGCUGUAGAGACAGGAGAACGUGAGGGUGAAGCGCAUGUAGUAGGAGCGGGAGGUUCAGCGGUGCGACGGCACCCAACCAUUAUGUUGGACCUGCAGGUGAGAAGGAUUCGACCUGGUGAAAACCGCGAUAGGGACAGCAUCGCCAGCAGAACACGCUCACGUGCGCGGGUUGCUGAGAAUACUGUCACAUUUGAAAGUGACAGUGGUGGAUUUAGACGCACCAUCUCCCGCUCUGAGCGGGCUGGGAUCCGCACCUAUGUGAGCACUAUCCGGAUUCCACUGAGGCGUAUCAGUGAGACAGGCCUCGGGGAACCUAACUCCACCGCACUGCGUUCCAUUUUGCGCCAGAUUAUGACUGGAUUUGGGGAGCUCAGCUCUCUGAUGGAGACAGAGGCUGAUUCUGAAACUGUUGCACCUAGCCAUACAGAUGCUAUUGGCACAAAUAGUAACACUAGCCCAGCCAGUCGUCUGCAUACAAAUGAGAGCUCAGUUGGCCAGGUUGGCACAGGUGGGGUAGAUCAGGAGAUGGUGGGGCUGGUGGGAAGUGAAGAGGACCAGGGUGGGCAGGCCAGACUCGGAGGAGGGGUAGUGAGUACUACAGAAGGACGUGCCACAAGCAGAGACACAAACAACCUGGUAGAAAAUGGUACUUUACCCAUCCUGCGGCUGGCACAUUUCUUCCUGCUUAAUGAUGAAGAGGAUGAUGAACACCCUAGGGGCCUGACCAAAGAGCAGAUCGACAAUUUAUCCACACGCACCUAUGGUCAGGCCAGCCUGGAGGGAGAGAAUGGUCGUGCGUGCAGUGUCUGCAUCAAUGAGUAUGCCCAGGGCAACAAGCUGCGCCGUCUGCCUUGCUCUCAUGAAUUCCACAUCCACUGCAUCGACCGCUGGCUCUCUGAAAACAACACCUGCCCCAUCUGCAGGCAGCCCAUACUUGCAGUACAUCAUGACUGACCUAUUUGCUCACAAACACAACUGUCAUAUUCCUGGCUGGCUGAACUGAGCAGACCAGAGUGGGCUUUGCAUGUACAUAGCGCUUUCAUGGUUUAAUUUCUUUGAAAAUACCGUUGUGUUGAAGUUGAAGAAGGUUGAACCAAAAGUGCAGAAAAAAAGAAAAUAUAAAUGCAGAGAAUUAACAAAACUUUAUUUUUUUAGACUCCUUGUUUUCAUCAACUUAUUGUUUUAUUUUCUUCUUCCUGUGACCUGUUUUGCUGGUCUCUGUCACAAAGCUUCAGAGGCCCAUGUCAAUGGAUGGCAUUAAUGCUUAAGGAGCUCCUGUAGCCGCUGCUGACUAGUCUCACUUAAACUCUGUAAUGUCUGUUACAUGUGACGUCUCUUUGUCACAACUGGAGUACACAAAUCACUUCUAGACUUGAUUUAUUCAGUAUAAUCUGUAUAUAACUCACCAGUGCUUGUAUUUAAGGGUUUUGAAUCAUGAUGCUCCUCACAUGCCAUCUGUUUAGAAUGGAAACAGGAAAACUUUUUUUUUUUUUUUUUUAACUAACUAUUUUAAAGUUUCAACAACCAUUUUAAAGUGUCCCUUUACAGUUGGUUAAGAAAUGUAUGAUUAUUGGGAUGUGUAUGAGCAAUGUAUUUAAUUUUGAAAUAAGUUUUAUUCUGUAAAUCUGGUAUUAUUUGUUUAAACCCUCUCCAUACAUCUUUCCCAUAUAAUUCCAAUACAGAAUUCAUCCAUAAAAGUAACCCACUAAAAUAGGCCACUUCAAAGUCAUUAACAUCACCCAUAUGAGCAGCACAAUUCAAAUGAAUGCAAAAGGCAUGUGCAUAAUCAGGAGUUCAGAGUUGUAGUUUAGUAUAAAAUUGUGCAAUACAAAGAGAGAAGACAGUAUUGUUUGUUUUGCUGUUCAUUGUUGUUUACAUUUUAAUGUGUGAUUAUCAUCUCCAUUUUAAAAAAAGACUUGUAAACCCUAAAAUCAGUGUUUCCUCUUGCUUCCUGUUGCUUAUUUGGAGCCAUACUUGACAAACACCCGUGUCAUGAAGUUGCAUUGAGUAGUUAGCCCAAUACAUCUGCUGAGCUAAAACCUGAAACAUACAUACAUUUUUGUUUUGUUUUUUUCAGUUUUCCAGCUAACUCAGAAAUAUUUCUUGAUGAGAUAGGUGCUGGAAAAUUGUUAAUGUUUGGAGCAUCUGCAGCACCUUUGGCUCCAAAACUACAUUUAAUGCUAAUGAGAAUCUGUUGACAACACAUCUCUUCCUCAAUGGGUCUGUCAUAGUGCAAUGGUCGCAGUCUAAUUAACACCUGAAUAAGGAAUUGUUAGUAAUAUGAUAUUCCUGUAUGCUCUUUAUGGUUUACUUCUCCAUUACAUCCACAGAUAUUGGCAUUUCUAGUGUAGCACAGGUGGAUUAUUUAGCUGAACCACCUAGUCAGUGUAUUCCUACCAGGGCCACUUUGUAAAUCAACGAUAACAGUACACAGGAGCUACUACAUCUCUGCACUUAACAUGCCACUAUCAAAACUGCAGGAAUGAUGCAGUAUAGUUUGUAAGAAUAUGUGAAUUGGGUAAAUGUGUAUGGGUUAAUUGUGUGUGUGCAUGUGAGUGUGUGUGUGUGGGGGGGGGCUGAAGGAAAGGUUUAGUGUCCCAAUAUACCUGGUUCUCAGAAGGCCUCUGUUCAGUGAAUAUCCAUCUUGGAGACUUGGAGAGGGUUGUGGCCGCUCAGUGCAGAAGUGAAUAUUUAUUCUAUUCGUAUUUAAUAAGAUGGAAAACAACUUUUGAAAUAUGAAUAUGUAUUAUGUUACAAUGUGUGAGAGUAAAUAAAACAGUUAUGAUGACUAUGAUACUAUGUAAUAAAACGAAGACAUGGGUUUUUCUUCUCUGCUCCUUAACGACGGAAUA